GUGGCCCGGCCGGAGGCGGCGUCGCUCGCGCCGCUGCGUGCGGUGUGGUGCGGGAGGGGGCGCCGGGCGGCCGCGGCGCGGCGGGACCAUGGAGCUGGGCGCGCUGCCUCGGCGCCGGCGGCGGGACCGCGGAGCGUUUUGAUUUUGAUGUCACUGCUGAUAUCUGAGCCAACAGUGGUAAUGCUACCGGAGGCAGCCUUCUGCAAUCCCUGAGUCAACAGCUACAUGAUUUUGAGCCAUGCCUUUAGUGAAGAGGAACAUCGAACCCCGGCACUUGUGCCGUGGGGCUCUGCCGGAAGGAGUUAGCAGUGAACUCGAGUGUGUGACCAACAGUACUCUUGCUGCAAUCAUACGCCAGCUAAGCAGUCUGAGCAAACAUGCAGAAGACAUAUUUGGUGAGUUGUUUAAUGAGGCCAACAACUUCUACAUCAGAGCCAAUUCUCUGCAAGACAGAAUUGAUCGUCUCGCUGUCAAAGUUACCCAGCUGGAUUCCACAGUGGAAGAGGUGUCACUGCAGGAUAUCAACAUGAAAAAAGCUUUCAAAAGUUCCACAGUCCAAGACCAGCAGGUGGUUUCAAAGAACAGCAUCCCCAACCCUGUUGCUGACAUUUACAACCAGAGCGACAAACCACCGCCCCUGAACAUCCUGACCCCGUACAGAGAUGAUAAGAAAGAUGGGCUGAAGUUCUAUACUGAUCCUUCGUACUUCUUUGACCUCUGGAAAGAAAAAAUGCUGCAGGACACAGAAGACAAAAGGAAAGAAAAAAGGCGUCAAAAGGAGCAAAAGCGUAUAGAUGGCACCACUCGUGAGGUGAAAAAGGUUAGAAAAGCCAGAAACAGGCGCCAGGAGUGGAAUAUGAUGGCAUAUGACAAAGAGCUUAGACCCGACAACAGGUUGUCUCAGAGUGUGUACCACGGCGCAUCUUCCGAGGGAUCCCUGUCCCCAGACACUAGAUCUCACGCGUCGGAUGUCACGGAUUACUCUUACCCGGCCACUCCCAAUCAUUCUCUGCACCCCCAGCCGGGGACGCCGUCCUAUGCAGCCGCUGAUGCAGCACCACACGGGCCUGCCAGCCAGGCCCCUGAGCAUGAGUACCGGCCCCCCUCGGCCUCAGCCAGGCACAUGGCCCUCAACAGACCUCAGCAGCCCCCGCCCCCGCCUCCGCCCCAGGCCCCGGAGGGGUCCCAGGCCUCGGCACCGAUGGCUUCAGCAGAUUUCGGAAUGCUCCCGGCCCAAAUCAUUGAGUAUUACAACCCAUCAGGACCACCUCCUCCACCGCCUCCGCCCAUGAUUCCUUCAGCACAAACUGCCUUCGUCAGCCCCCUUCAGGUCCCAGUGCAGCCUGCCUUUCCCGCGUCCGCCAGCUCCACGUACUCCACUCCUCCUCAUCCAGUGCCUGCCACUGGGCUCCUGGUCACGGCACCUCCUCCCCCAGGCCCUCCGCCUCCCCCACCAGGGCCUCCUGGUCCUGGCUCCUCUCUGUCAUCCUCCCCACUGCACGGUCCCCCCAUGGCUGAGGCCAAGCGCCCAGAACCUGCGCAGCCACCCAUCAGUGAUGCACGAAGCGACCUGCUUGCUGCCAUCCGGAUGGGAAUCCAGCUGAAAAAGGUCCAGGAGCAGCGCGAGCAGGAGGCCAAGCGGGGACCCGUCGGGGACGAUGUGGCUACCAUCCUGUCCCGACGCAUCGCCGUGGAGUACAGCGACUCCGACGACGACUCGGAGUUCGACGAGAAUGACUGGUCCGACUGAGGUCGAGCCAGGCCCCGCAGCAGGCGACAGGCGGGCAGCGUUUGGAGGCCUCUACAUGGUCUCAGCCUCCCCAGUAGUGGUAUUCUAAUCCUGUAGCUUAGCACCUUUUGUAUUAAUAAUGUGAUAUCGCUUCUGCACAUCCAAAACUUCUGGGUUUUUUCAGUAUUUACUGUGUAAUACUUAAGUGCCACUCAGCAUAGCCAGCCUUGCUGCACACGAGGAAGUACACUAAUUAUUGCAUUGUCCUCAGCACAGCACCUUGCUUUCCUCCCGGCCGUGGAAGUGUUUAGUGCAGUUUGGGUUAACUGUUGAUCGCUACAAUUCCGCAGACUCGUUGUGUGUGCGCGCGCCUGGGUGGGUAUGUGUGUGUGUGUGAGUGUGUGUGUGUGUGUGUGUGAAGCUGCCUGGUGUCAGGUCUUGGCAAGAUUUCACAACUGUGUCAGUGUAAUGUCUUCCCAUCCAUAAAUGGUAUCGCUUUACCAUUUUGGGACUUUUUGCCCCCCUUUCCUUUUAAAAACAAUGUGUUUCAGAAGAAGUUAGCUCUCCAGGGAACGCAGAAGAACCAGCGUUUCCACCUUGGAUUUCUCGACGUGGUGGUGGCUGAGUGAAUCUGAAUGGUCUGUUGCCUGAUCUCAUUGCCUUUGCAUGCUUGUCGAAUGUGACCUUGGCAGGGGUCCCUGUGCUGGAGGACAAUCUCAGUACAAGGAGUCAGCAGCUCAGUGCCCACAGAAGUGGAGAGCCAGGGCCCACGGGGCUGCCAGUCAGAACACCGGCAAGCCCUUGCAGCUCAGGGGCCUCCCGGCUGGGACUGCCACAAACAAGCCAGGCCUGAGCUGCCCGGUGGGGCCUGGGAUGCAGGGACUGACUGCCCUGCUCCCUUGCUUCUCUGGGAGCUGUGAGCUCAGUGUGGCAGCGGGCUUCUCAACUCCUCCUACAUGCCCAGCAGGAGGGCGUCAGAUGACACCUC